GAACCAGGGAGUGUUAUGAAAUCUGCAGAAGAUGAGUUAAUUAAUUUUAAUGUUGGUGGCUGGUAUUUCUCAAUUCCCAAAAGUAAAGUCGCUCAGUUUCCUGAAUCUCUGUUGUGGAAAGAAGCUUCUGCACAAGAUCAGUCUGAAAAUCUAAGAUUAUUUAUUGACCAAGAUGGUUUUGUAUUUAGGCACCUUCAUUAUUACAUGCAGACUUCAAAAUUAUCUUUUUUCAGCUGUGCUGAAUUGAACUUAUUGUAUGAGCAAGCGUUAAUUUUGCAGCUUUAUUGCAGGUAAAGUGGGAUAGUCUAUAUUUUAGAUAACUUGAAGGAGGAGAAAUAUAAUUUACAUGUCCAGCCUGCAGAUACACCAGUAGCUGAAAGAACAUCUCUGAAUUACUGGAGAACACGAAAAUGUACCAGCAAGCUGUCAGCAAUUCCUCCUAACAGUCCAGCCUUCACAGGGUUACAUGAAAGAGCUCCCCUAGGGCUCGUGGAUACACCUUUACUAGAUACGGAAGAUGAAGUGAAUUACUGCUUUUUGCCACUAGAUUUAGUGGCAAAAUAUCCUGUACUGGUUAACGACGACAAUUUGCUGUGGCUGCUUGAGAAUGCAGCCCUGAUCGAGUGCGAGUGCAGUGAUUUCCGCUUCAUAGUUAAUUUUCUUCGCUCAAAGAAGAUGUUGUUGCCUGAUGACUUCUCCAACAUAGAUGCCUUGGAAGAAGAAGUUUUAAUUCUGGGAAUUCCUGAGCUUAUAGAUGCUGUGAAGAUCUAUAGAGGUGGCUGCUCCACAGAGGCCGGGGGGCAGCAAAAGGCGACGGUGUCAGCAUCGGGGGGGUCCCCGCUCUACGCCAUGGCACUGGGGCUGCUGGCCAACUACCCGGAUUCAGCUCUGGGCCAACUCCACGUGGGCAGCGACCUGGGCAGGAGCCGCCUGCACCUCUCUGGUGAUGGCAUCCUCUUCCAGCAUGCCAGGAAUUGGCUGGGAACUUGCCGACUUCCUCUCACUGAAAAUAUUUCUGAAGUCAAAGAGCUCUGUGCUUAUUUGGACAAAAGGGACACCACGUACGAGCCAAUGAAAGAUGCUUUAAAAUGCUAUCUGAAACAACAGAUGCCAGCAGAGAGCAGAGGUUAUAAUGCAGACUGGACAGCAGAAGUAUCCGUGUGCUCACUGCAUCAGAUUGUGAAAGUUUAUGUGGGGAGUAACUGGUAUGAAACGUACUUACAGACUUUACUGAAGUAUCCAGAGCUGUUGUCAAAUGACAAGAAAGUCUGUUGGAUCACAUAUGGUCAAAGUCUUCUAAUCCAUGGAGAUGGGCAAAUGUUUCGACACGUUCUCAACUUCCUAAGACUUGGGAAAUUGGUUUUGCCAGCUGAAUUUAAAGAAUGGCCUCUCUUUUGCCAAGAAGCAGAGGAGUACCAGAUCCCUUCUCUUUUAGAGGUGAGAGGGACAAAGUGGAGAGACACACUUGGAGGAUACGACGCAUCCUCGGCCAGCCCGGUAAACUCCAGCUAUUACAAACAUCUGGUAAGCCCUCCAAGGAAGAGAGGAUGGAGAAGCAGUGUAACAAAGAAAGUAGAAAAUAAAGACUCAGCGAGUCACAUCCAGAAAUUAAUUUCCCUGGUGAAGGAAUGGGAUGCGGUGAGCUCCAAGAGGUGUGAUUGUCAGCACAUGAGAACGUCUGACGGUUGUAUCGUGGAGCAAACUGGGGACAGCGAACACACCGACCUUGCUCCGGCAGACCACAGCGACGUAGGAUUGAUUCUUAAAGUUGACCAUCCUCCGGUUUUAGGCAGCAACGGCUUUUGUGCGUGCAAUGAAGUGAGUGUUGUUUACAGCACUCAGCUGGAUGGCAGCGGGCUGGAUACGCCGAAGGCUCAAGCACUGUCCAAAGAUGUAGUUUUUCUUACCUUUCCUCUCUCGCAUGAGGAGAUGUUCUACGCCAGGAAGUGCCACUUUUUCCUGACGGAUGUCAUCCUAGACUCCGUAAGGCAGAAGGAUCCCAAAGAAAUCACAGCCAAAGUCGGGACCCUUGUGAACAGGCUGUGGACUCAGCAGAUUGCACCCAGGGAGUUCGUUUCUGAUUUACUGAACAUGGAGUAUUUUAAAGGGGACAGAAACGUUCACCAGGAGCUACUGCAGUGGGUGGAAUUCACCCUGCCCUUCGCGUGGAAGUACAGCCGCUGCCUCGACUUACUGAUCCGGAGAGGCUUUGCAAGAUCGGUCUCAUACUUUGCCCUGGAAAUGGAGGCACCAGACCGGCUGUUUAAGGCGACGGCUCUGUGGGAGCUGGUCUUCUCCAACCAGAUGAAUCAGAGCCUCAGAGACCAGUCAGGAACGCAUGUGGAAACUUCUCAUGGAGAAGCAGAGGGUGAGGUUCUCCUGACUCACAGCUACUGA